AUGGCCCCAGACAUCCUACAUCAAGUUAUCAAAGGCAUGUUUAAGGACCAUCUCGUGGAUUGGGUGGAGAAAUACCUUGUGCUUACUCACAGGAGGACUGAAGUGGACUGUAUCUUAGAUGAUAUUGAUCACAGGAUUGUGGCCAUUGCCUCAUUUUCUGGUCUGUGCCACUUUCCGCAAGGAUGCGGCUUCAAGCAAUGGACAGGGGAUGACUCCAAAGCCCUCAUGAAGGUUUACAUUCCCGUGAUCAAGGGGCAUGUACCAACAGAUGUUGUUCGCACAUUCCAUGCAUUGCUAGAGUUCUGCUACCUUAGCAAACACAUCAAGGCUGUGAAGGAACCAUGGAGGUGGUCAAGUAAAUACAAAGUGCUUGGUCAGAUGCUGGUCACAAACCAGCAUCUUAGUAAACUCACCACUGCAUGUGUUGAUUUUGAAAGCCAUGGAAUGUUGAAGGGUACCUGCCUUUCAGCUGAACUCGAGGCUCUCGGUAUGUCAGACAAUCCUGAUGUCCCUAAUGAUGAAGACCCCAAUGACCCCCCACCAAACCAAGCAAGUAAUCUUGAGGACAGCAAUGACUUAAUGAUUGACCAUGGCCCGACCAUUCUACAAGCACACACUUGA